GGACAACAUCGCGUAAAAUUCACUCCAACUUGACCCAGGCGUCGGCAAUACCGACUACUCUUUUAUUUGCCGCGCUCAGUUUUGAAAUCUCAAACAGGACCACUUCUGACUACAGCAAAAAUGAGGCUUUUAUCUAUAAUCGUCGCGAUUACUGCUAAGUGCGCCAUUGUAGCCAGAGCGAAACUUUUUGAUGUUCAUAGAAACCCAGAUUACACAUCGGGAUGCAACGUGCGUUUUGAAGAGCCUCUGAAGAGCGAUACGGCCUUCUUCAACCAGUUUAUUGAUGGAGCCAGUUGCCUGACGGAUAAUUUUCUUCAGAAGGGUGAAGAGGCCAACCCGUACGAUCUGCAACUUCCAUACAUCCCUGUGACCGGAAACGUCGACGACCAGCUAACCGCAUACUUCCCGGAAAUUGUUGGGCCGGAAUCAAUUGCCGUGGUGGAAGAAAAAGACUUGGCAUAUACAGGAGCGGAUGACGGCUGGAUUUAUAAGAUCGAUUUAUUGACAAUGAAAGCGAUCAAACUUGCAACAGCCUGCAAUGCUACCGGAGUCACCGAAUGCCGACCUCAAGGUAUUCGGGCUACUUCUGACAACAAACUCUAUUUCGCCGAUUCUGCUGGUCUAUGCCUUUAUGAUAUCGCUACAGACAACGUGACCGUUCUUGUGCCUAGAUUGUCAAAGGUGAAUGGUAAGGCCAUAAUGCUACCCAACGACCUGGAUGUCAACGAAGAUACAAAAAUGAUUUACAUGAGCGAUAGCAGUACGAAAUAUUCUAAUACCAACAUUCUUCGAGGAACACUUCUACAUGAUAAUCACGGACGCGUACUGGCUUACAGCAUCGAAACUAAUCGGGUGUCAGUUCUAGUGGACGGCCUGAGCUUCCCCAACGGUAUCCAACUGUCGCACGAUAAAAAAACCCUCUUGGUCAAUGAGAUGAACAGGCGACGAAUUUUACAGGUUACGCUCGACGGUGCCUCAAAAGGCAAUUAUACGGUGUUUACACCAUCAAUGCCAGGAGAGCCUGACAACAUUCGUGCCGCGUCUAAUAAUAGCUAUUGGGUGGCAAUAAACCUCGCCCGUAACGGUAGCGAAAAGGUCCUUUUUGAUUACCUCUCCAAUAAGGCAUGCGCCACUGAAAAUUUCGUAAAGAUGAACAACCUGGUGGCAGAGUAUCUGAGACUUGUCGCACAGACAACUCAUCGAGUGGACUAUAUCGACGUGGCCGAUAGGUUGAGUUCGUAUGAGUUCGUAUCGGAGAUGGCUUCGCAUCAAGGUAGCUUCUUACUGAUCGAUGCCGAUGGAAAAAUUACCAAAAGAUACGCAUCGAAUCGAUUUGAUUUCUUUUCAAAUCCGGUAGAAUAUAAGAAACAACUCCUGAUCGGAAACGAUCGAAACCCAUAUAUUGUCGUUGUUGAAGGACUUGUAUAAUCUAUACGUAUGUAAGCUAUGCUCUUGAAUUCGCAUCGAAAUAAAAAUUUGCAUAAAUCUCUUUUUAAUUAC